GCUCCUUGAUCAUCCGAGUUUCCUCUCAAAUCCUUUCUACAUGGGUGGUGAUUCAUAUGGUGGGAAAGUAACUGUGCUAACUGCUCAUGAAAUUGUUGAAGGAAAUGAAGGUGGUCAGAAGCCUCUAAUCAAUAUCAAGGGUUAUCUAGUUGGUAAUCCUGUAACGGGUGAAAAAGUUGACACCAGCUCCCAAGCUCCACAUGCUUAUGGAUUGGGAAUUAUUUCCAAAGAGCUUUAUAAGGCUUCAAUGGGCAAAUGGUCGCGUUGCGUACACAAAGGAAGCGAAACAACGAAAUGAAAAAGUAAAACGAUGAAGGGCUUAUGAUUCUGUCAGGAGAGAGAGAGAGAGAGAGAGAGAGAGAGAGUAGUGGAACGGGAAGGGAAUAGUGAUAGACGAAGGCUUUUCCGAAGUCUUCACGGCUUCUAUGUUGAAUAGUGUGUGGAGACAGGGGUUUCAAACAGGGAGGAAAUAGGAGACUGAGAGGUGUGAAUGAGAGUGCGAGCAGUUACCAGAGCCUAUCAUGUGUCUUUAUACUUCAAAUCAAAGUGCUUCGCGCGAACGAUUACGAGAGUGGAAUAUGCAGGAAAUUUAUCAUUAAUUAUUUAAAUUUAAUUAAAACCUAAUUAAUAAUUUUAAUUUUAAUGAUCAACAAUUCUCUUUCUGCUUUAUGAUUGAUAUUAAUAUGUAAUAGGGUCUUGGUGUCAUUACAAGGACAACAUUGAAUCCAACAAUUUGAUAAUGACACACUGUGCUGGAGAAGAAGACUUCAAAAAGCCUCAAAACGUGAUUUGUGCCACUCAUCUUGAGACAUUA